AUGAGUGAAGGAAGCAAUAAGAUUAUGAAUAAUGAAAUUUAUGGAAUAGGCUCCCAGAAUCCUCCAUUGGGUGGUGGUCACAUGAUGCAAUCGGGGGUAAGUGGAGGAAUGAUUGCGAAUCAAAAGGAAGGUACCGUUAGUGGUGGGGCGGUCGUGGGAAGAAGUGGUGGUGGUAAUGGUGGUGGAGGAAGUGGAGGAAUAGGAACUGGAGUAAGUGGAACUGGAUAUAUGAUGAAACCAUCAAUGGAUAUCAUAAACGAUGCAACAAGUGGAAAACAGAGCUGCUUGAGUGGAAAUACGACCUUCACUCAUGCAUGGUAUCCAGAGAUUUCCAAAAUACUACAUGAUGUAAGUAAAUCAAAUUUGUCUAUUCAGGACAAAAGGGUUCGGAUUUUGCUAUUGAUUUUCCAGUGGAUAAAGAAGCAGCAAUGUGAGUUAGUGGAUCCAAGUGUAUUGUUUUCUGAUCAUAAUAUUGAGAUUCUUGAGAAUCAGCUAAAAGCUUAUAAACAUUUUUUAACCAGUGAUUUACCUUUGAGUGAGGAUAUACUGGAAAAGAGUCUUGGUGGUAGAGCUAUUGGGAAUAAGAGGCAGAGGCUUGAAGGAAGUCAAGGUGGAAUGCUGGUACAUAGUGGUAUGCAAGUUUGUUCUAAAGAAGAAAAUAAUGGUGUAAGUAAUGCUAAUAUUGAGACUGAGUGGUUUCAACCAGAUUGGAAUUUUAUUAAUUCAGUUAUUCGGGAUUCUAAUUCAUUUAACUAUAAAGUUCCUUUAUCCAGACAAGGAUCUUCUAUAGUAGUUAGGAAUCCAAAUCAGUGGAUUGAAUAUAAUAGAAAAGUUGAGCAGAAUAGAAUGGCUCUAUUGAUGAAUAAGAAUAUUGCUAACAACAAUAAUAAUAAUUGCAAUGUUAACAGUGAACGUUCAAAUCAUAUACUAUCAUCCAGCUCAAGCAAAAUAUCUGAAACAACUUCAACAGAAGAAAAUACCAAGCACGUAGCAGAAUUUGAAGCGAAUCAUUCUAGAACAAUUGAAGAUAAAGAGGGAGAUAGUAUGAUUAUUGAAAAUAAUCUAACCAAAUUGGAGGUGAGGAAUGAAAAGAUUGAAUCUGAAAUGGGAGAUAAAAGUACUGAAAGACAGAACUAUAGUAAUAACUCUUACCCUAAUCAGGGGAUGAUGAAAAGAUCUACAGAAGAUAGUAGUGGUAACCUUGACAAUAAAGACAACAGCAAUAAUGGCGGUAAUACUACUAAAGGAGGAGUUGGUAUAUUAUCUGAUAAAGAGUCAAAACCCGAGGCACGAGACGAAGAUUUACUUUUUAUACAUAGAAUCACGAAGCUACUAAAUUUUCAACAGUUUAUAAGAAACCAAAUAAUAGUUUCCAGAUAUAUGGAAGAAAUGGAUCCACCUCUACCUCAGUUAAAGUUUGUCACGGCAAGGGAUGCAAGGAAGAACAAAGCUCUAUACCAAGCUAGAAUGGACGGAUUGAAACAUAUUAAGUUUGUGGAUGAUAUUAAAAGGCAAAGAAGGCAGUUUAUUUCCGAGAUUUUGAAACACUCAAAAAGGUUUCAAGAUGUUCAUCGUGAGAACCAAAGAAGCAUUAGAAGAGUAUGUUCUCAUGUUUUGAGGCAUUCCACCAAUAAGGAAAGAAGAGAUCAAAAUAUGGAACAACAAAUGCAAAGAGCAAGAUUAAAUGCUUUGAGAGCUCAGGAUGAGGAAGCCUAUCUUAGACUUCUAAAUGAAGCCAAAAAUGAGAGAUUACUUGAACUCGUUCAUCAGACUGAAGAUUACAUAAAUAAGCUUGGAGCACUGGUUAUGGAGCACAGAAAACAAGCAGGGUCAGCCUUGGACUUUGAUGAGCUUUAUUUGGAGGAUAAUCAAAAGGAGGGUGAAGGGGAAGAAGAAGAUGAAGCUGGAACUGGAGAAAAAGAUCGUUUACAUGGCGAUAAACAUAUUUGUGUUACAUGUGGCUGUUCUGGGAAGCCUGAUGAAUCCCAUCAGGAGGCUACAAAAUUAGGUACUAUACAAGGAAGUUCCGAAACAAUACUAUCUAAUGAACGUACAGAAGGUGAUAGAAAAGUGGUGUGUGGAUGCAAUUCUUCAAAUUGUACGUGUUCUGUAUCAAUUUGUAAGUGUGAUUGUAAAUCUGAGACAUGUUGUUCUAAGAUUAAAAAGAAAAGGUCAGCGCCCUUAAUCAGGGCAAAAGAAAGAUAUUUCCAGGUUACUCAUAUGAUCCAGGAACACAUAACAAAGCAACCAGAAUGUUUAAAGGGAGGUCAGCUAAGAGAGUAUCAGAUGAAGGGUUUGGAGUGGUUAGUUUCUUUAUAUAACAACAACCUUAAUGGAAUUCUUGCUGAUGCUAUGGGAUUGGGAAAGACUGUCCAGACAGUAAGUGUUUUAGCACAUAUAUAUGAAAAAAAAGGUAAUAGAGGGCCUCAUUUAAUUAUUGCUCCUCUUUCUACUUUACACGGUAAUUGGGAAAAUGAGUUUAAUAGAUGGUUACCUGAUUUUGUUAAAGUUAUUUAUGAAGGAAAUAAAGAGAUUAGGAAACAGAUACGUUCUAAGUAUAUGACUGGGGAGGCCAAAUUCCACGUGUUAUUGACUACGGAUGCAUUCAUUAUGAAAGAUAAGCAUUACUUAAGAAAGUUUGACUGGGAAUAUAUUAUAGUAGAUGAGGCCCAUCGUUUGAAAAAUCCUAAAAGUAAACUUGUACAGAUAUUAAAUAAUGGAUUUAGAGCAAAACAUAGAUUGGCUUUAACUGGUACCCCACUUCAAAACGAUCUUCAAGAAGUUUGGGCAUUACUGAAUUAUCUUAUGCCAAGUAUUUUCAAUUCUUCUGAAACUUUUCAGCAGUGGUUCAAUGAACCUUUAUCUUCAAUAAAAUCUUCAGGAAAGGCAAGUGGUUCAGACAAUGGUAUUGUCCCAUUAGAUAUUAGUGAAGAGGAGCAACUUUUAAUUGUUGAUAGGCUACAUAAAGUUUUAAGGCCAUUUCUAUUGAGAAGAGAAAAGAUUCAAGUGGCUAAUGAGGUUCCUCCAAAACUGGAAGAGAUUCUUUGGUGCCCUUUAAGUGGAUUACAACAGUAUCUUUACAAAGAGCUGGAGAAUAAUGAGAAUUCUGGCCCAAAUGUACUUAUGCAGUUAAGAAAAGUAUGUAAUCAUCCCUUUUUGUUUUCAACUGAGAUACAAUAUCCUUCAGAUGAGAGCAUUGUGAGAGUUUGUGGCAAGUUUGUUAUGUUGGACAGUAUAUUACCAAAGCUGAGAGCCGCAGGACAUAGAGUAUUGAUAUUUAGUCAGAUGACUAAACUAUUAACACUUUUGGAAGUGUUUUUAUCUUUAAGAAAUAUGCCAUUUUUGAGAUUGGACGGGACAACUUUAUCUGAGGAUAGGCAAGAAAGUCUCAAAUUGUUUAAUGCGGAAAACAGUCCAUACUUUGUUUUUCUAUUAUCUACAAAGGCUGGUGGGUUUGGUAUUAACCUUCAAUCUGCAGAUACAGUCAUAUUGUUUGAUUCAGAUUGGAAUCCCCAAAAUGAUGAGCAAGCACAAAGCAGAGCUCAUAGAAUUGGACAAAAGAAGGAGGUCUUAACCUUACGUUUUGUAACACCAGAUACCGUUGAAGAGAGGAUUAUGACAACAGCAGGAAUAAAGCUUGAUAAGGAUGCUUUAAUUAUUAAAUCUGGAAUGUAUCACGAUCUUUAUGAUGGUGAUGACCUGGAACAAAAAAGAAAAGAAAAAAUUCAGGAGAUUCUGAGAAAACAGAGACAAAAGGAAGUUGUAAAUUGCUAUUAUGACUCUGAUCGUCUUAACAGAAUUUUGGCUAGAUCUAGUCGUGAUCUGGAAAUCUUUGAAAGGGUUGAUAGAAUGAGGAAGAUGUGCCACAUUCCAGGACUUAUUAUGGACCCCACUCUUCCUCCAUGUUUAUUUGAUUGGAAGAAGCAGGCCAAAAUUUCCAAAGUAACUAUAGAAAAUACUCAAAAGGCUGAAGAACUUUGGAAGCUUUGCUACACCUUUGGAGAUCCCUGGGUAGUACACCCUAAAAACAAGAGUUGGAGAAAGAUGCUUAAUUUAGGUAAUACUGGCUUUAGCAGUAGCAAACCUACUAAUAAGGAUGAAGGUAACUUUUCUCAAGAAUUUGAAUUGGCAGGAAAAAGUACCAGAACUUCAUCCAAUUUCUUUAAUAAAUCACUGGGCACACAAUCAAAAGAUGUGGAAAUGAGAAAUGAAGAACUAGAAGUUGAUUCUGUUGUAAGCUUGGGAGAAAGAUCUGAUAAAGAACUUUCGAAAAAUAGACAAGAUUUCGAAUAUUUAAAGAAUUCAGUUCUCGAGGUUGCUACUACUACUCCCGGUAAAAUUUCAAAUGAUAUGGAUAGAUUUAUACAAUGUGAAAGUGAUACUGGAACGGGAAGGAAAUCUGAGGGUACGAUAACUACAACUUUAAGCAAUGAAUUGGAAGACUUGACAGAAGAACAAAUCACUCCUGAGGAAAUAGAGUACAGAAAAGAUUCACUAAAUGAUGCUAUUUUGCAGGCUUGUGACAUGGCAAUGAAAAUUCCUGAAUAUGAAGCUUAUAUAGCUCUUCCAUCUCAGAAUAUUUUCCCAGACUAUUAUCAAAUUAUUUCAAAGCCAGUUUGCUUACAACAUAUUCGUCAGUUUGCAAAAAAGAAGGAGUUUACCUCUUUACACAAGCUGGAAAAAUACCUUGAAAGAAUGGCUUCCAAUGCUAAAACAUAUAAUGGGGUUACCCACUUCUUAUAUUACUCAGCUCUUCAUCUAACUAACACAAUUAUGAUGGAGGUCAGAAAGAGGGUUGCUGUUGCAUUUUAUACUUACAAACUUCCAGAAGGGCAUGUAAGAGAUCACGAAGCCAAGCAACUUCUCGAUGGUUUAAAUUCUGUCUCAGAGACCGAUUUAAAUAGGAAACAUAUGCUGGUUCCAGAUGUUGGCGAUGAAGAGGAAGAAGAAGAUGAAGAAGAGGAUGACGAUGACGAUGAAGAUGACGAAGAAAUUGAAAACGAAGACGAGGAUAUUAGUGUGAAUAAAAAAACUGGAAAAAAGUAA